AUGGCGCCUCUCGUCCCUGUCUUCUCCGCCGAUACCCUUCCCGACCAUGUCAACACCGUGCGCCGCAAUUUUCAAGAGAAACGUCGCAAAGGCCCUCCCGUCGACCUGAAAGAGUGUCCACUGCUCGAGAUGACCCAGUAUUCCUGCAACCCCCCGCAAGAAGGAAUUCCUCAGCCGGGCGUGGUGGUGUGCAAGCCGAUAGUGCGAUUGUUCCGGCGCUGUGCUGGUGGAUUGACGGUCGAAACAACGUCGUGGGAGCCACUCCGACAAGCUGAGGAAAACCAAAAGCGAGCAUCUGAUACUACACAAUGA